CUGUUUUCCGAACUCGUCGGGCUUCAUCUUCGAAUGUCAAUCCUGCUCAGCUCCCAGCCGCAGUUUCCAUUACCUUGCUGGAAAGCAAGGUCUCCGCGAUCCCAGUCAUUUGCUAGCCGAAACUUGUAAUGGGAAAAUAAAUGUCAACAACAGCGGACUCUCGCAAUGAAGAGGGUCCUAGACUAUAGGACAGAUUUUAGUUUGAAGACCAGUUCCCGGCUUCCCUCUCUCCCUUCCUCCUCCCCUUCUCGCUCUCACUCUCGACGUCGCCAGACUCCCUCACACUGCUAGUCAUCCGUAUCUGGUAUCGAUGUCAGGAAAUGCCAGAACGAGCUGGUUGAUUUUGUGACCAAGGUCACACCCGCAGCAUGAGCUUUUUUUCUUCUUUUCCACCGCCAUCGAACGAUGAUUUUAACGAGUUUAUGAUGUGCCCCGCUCUGAACUACUGUCGCCAUCCUUGUGCGACGGACUCUGCGAACGUGGGCACUUGCCCGGAAAACGAUGGAGUCGACGAGUAUGUGAGAGAGAAGUAUAUGCCGAUGGUAAAGGGUGGAGUGCGAACGGGAGGGACGUACGAAAAGCUCGGCAUCAAGACCACGGUCGAGUCAAGAGGGUACUUUGAGGAACUGGAAUUAUUGCGGGGACAACGGUGGUCGAUGGAGGGGUGUGCGGGGAUCAUCCUCAUUCACUUGAUAUGGAUGAUCCGCCUAGCUGUUGACGCGCUGAUACGGACUGUACGCCAGGAAACUGGUAUUCUGCUUCGAAACGACGGAUCGUCGUCCCGCAAGCAAGCAAGCUUGAGAAAGAUGGCGGAAUGGAGGGUGACACGGGAGGCUGCUGCGCCAGAAAUUACGACCUCCACCGACGUGUCGAACGAGUCGAAGCUUUGCCUUAGGGGAAUUUUUGCUCGAGACGACGUAUCGUCGUCCGGCGAGCAGGGUCUGGAGUAUGGCGGUACUGGGAGGAAGAUAACGUCGGAGGGAGGAAGUGUGCACAUGCGUGCACAGAGGCUAGGAUUCGUGUAUCUUGUACUUGGGGAGGAUUCAAAUAGAACCAAAGCUAGACUUGGAUUCAGUAAUGAGUGCGUAGCCGACCUGAAGCAAAAGGCUGGUAGCACGGAGACAGCGGGAACUGGGGGAAGCAGAGGCUGCGCGAGAGGAGGAGCAAAGGCGGAGAUACGUCGGGUUAAGGAGGAGCAAGGGCGCAUGGAAGAGCAGGAGGAGAGGGACCGCCGUGCGAGGAUUGAGCGGGACAUGCGCAUGAGUACCGAAGCUAGGCGACGCAAGAAGGAAGCCGAGGAGAGAGUCGAGGAGGAGAAAAAACGUGAGUUGGCGGAGAGGCGCGUGAGGGAGAGGGAGAAGCGCCUCGAGGAGCACCGGCGUCUGGAGCAGUGGCGUGCUGAGCAGGCGAGGAUCAAGGAGGAGGAGCUUAAAAGAGAAGAGGCUGAGAGAGCCAGGGAGCGGACCGAACGCAAUAAGAGGGUAGAACAGAUGGCGGCCCGGGUCAAGCGGGAUAAGACAGAAAGCAUGCUCACCGGCUGGGCUACCAUCCAGAUCAACGACUCCCUUGUCUGGCGGAGGAGGUACUACAAGUUUAUCGGCGAUACCAUGUUUUUCUACCGCAGUCCCAAGGACAUGAACCAAGUCCUUGAUCAGAUCCAACUCCGCGGAAAACUCAACGGGCUCAAAGAGUGGGACGACGGCUACGAAGAACUCAAAGCUAUACCCAACUCCUUCGCCAUUGAAUUCAAGGACCAGCGUGGACCGUGUGCGAUGUUUUGUGAUACCGAGGAAGAAAAGGAUAAAUUGUUGGGCGUUUUGCAUUAUACCGCCGGACUGUGA